GUUUUUCUAACCGUAAUCGUGGUGUCAAAAAAUAUAUUCAUACGUAAAUAGUAAAGGGAAUUCAAAUGGUAAAUUUUCGUAAUGGCUGAAAAACAGGAAAAAAGUCCUUUCAGUGAUCCUAUCUAUAAACAACUGUCUCAAAUUAAUGGACAAAUCAAUCGCAUGGGUAAAAGUGAAGCUCAAGCAAAAUUAAAAGAACUACGUCUAGAUAGCAGAGGUGAGGUGGAUGUUCUUAAAAGAAGGCUGAAGAACUUCUAUAAACAGCAAAAGUUGAAGAAAAAGGAGAUAUUGGAAAAACAAGAUAAGGAUGCUCGCUGUCCCUAUAAUUUUCUCUGUGUUAUUGACUUUGAAGCUACUUGUGAAGGAGCAAAAGUUCCAGAUUACCCUCAUGAAAUAAUUGAAUUCCCUGCUGUUUUGGUUGAUACAAGGCAGAAAGCAAUUGUUGACACUUUCCACGAAUAUUGUAAACCUAGCCUGAACCCACAGUUAUCUGAGUUUUGUAGAAGUUUAACUGGCAUUUCACAGGAAACAAUUGAUGGUGCUGAUACAUUUCCAGAGGUGCUUCAAAAGUUUGAAAAUUGGCUUAAAGAUAAAGGCUUAGGAAGUGAUUACUCAUUUUGUGUAGCGACAGACGGACCCUGGGACAUGGGAAGGUUUUUACAUCUACAAUGUCAGUUCUGCCAAAUUCCAUUUCCUAGAUGGGGGAAAAAAUGGGUUAAUAUCCGAAAAGCAUACACUAAUUUUUACAAAACAAAAAGUUAUUCCUUGGUACCAAUGUUGGAGUUGCUUGGACUCAAGUUCGAAGGUCAGCAACAUUGUGGAUUUGACGAUGCUCGGAACAUUUCCCGAAUCGCUAUAUGUAUGUUGAAAGAUGGAGCCCAUCUUAAGGUGAAUGAAAGAAUUGAUUGGAACAGGCUUCAGAUGCAGGUGAUCAAACGGUGGAUUUAUCCACCAGGAGAUCGAUUGUUACAAGGGCCAGCCUUUGUCCCGGACCUUGUCCCGGUUCCUCCUGAACAGGCAGAAUAUCUUCAGACUAACAAGGACUUGAAUCGUUUAUUUACACCUCCUAAUUUUGCUGUACAUUCCCAUCCCCCUUCUGAGGAAUUGGUGGUCCAAGCAUUUGCUCGACAUCUUCAUGUUCUGGGGUUGAGUUUUCACUAUUACAUAGACAACUGGCUUCUUCUGGCUCAUUCUGAAUUUGAGUCAUCCAGCCAGUCAGCUCCUUUUAGUGUCUGCUUGAGUGGGCUGGUUAAUCAAACUGAAGAAGUCCUUCCUCAGACCUCAAUAUCUUGGCCAUUUGGGGGUCCUGUCAGUCUGGCCCAGCCUUCUCCUUCACUUACUGCUCGCAAGGUUCUAUUGUUUUGGGGGAUUUGGUCUUUAAUGACAUCAGUGGGUCCUUCAUGA